AUGGCAACAGGCUGCCAUAGUUAACCAGCUAGGGAGCUGCUGGGGGAGGUGGAGAGCUUCGAUCCCACCCAGCCUGGAACAGCCCUGUAGGAAGUGCCUCCCUCACUGGGCCAACCUCUGCCUCCUUGUGAUGUGUCAUCUGGACACACACACAGUUGGCCGUGGAAUGGUUGUGACACCUGUGGCUCCCCAGGCCCUGUGCCCUUGGAACUCUCCACUCUGGGCUGAGCUCCUUUCUCUCAGAAGCUGUGUCUCCAGAGCUUGAAGAAAUGCAGAGAGAAACAGAGCAAGGUGCACAGCCCAGCCUCGCUCCUGAGGACAAAGCCUCUGCUCCAAGGCAGAAGCCCACGUUGCUGCAGGCUGGGGCCAAAGGAUCUGUAUCUCUGCAGAGAAGACCAGGCAAGCGGCAGCGCAGAAGCCAGCAACUGCAGUACCUGCCUGAGGAGUUGCGGGCAAAGCAGCAGGAGGCCCGAGCCCAGCAAGUCAGACGCCUGCAACGACUGUGCUUAGCCUAUCUAUGGGGUGGGGCUGCAAGGUGGGCAGUGAGAAGUGAACCCCACUCAGCUGAGCCCAUCCUUCGAGGAGCAGCAAGAUCCCCUGGGGGCAGACAGAAGUGUAGAGAACCCCUUAAAGAAGAGAGAAGUCACAGGGAAGUGCGACCCAGACAACAAGGCUGGCGCCCCAAUUCCCUGAAGAAAACAACAGGGUUGGAGAGAUGGGGGACUGCCCCAAUGCAGCAUCUGAGUCCUCCUGAGAAGAGUAGAGGGAAACAGACUCUUUCAAAGCAGACCAAUGGUGGCCGCCAGGGUCAGGUGGGCAGAAGGACUGACCUUGAAAAGCUGACUCCACUCUGGGCCACUGUGGAGGAAAUGAAGUUCCUGGAGGGCGAAGAGAAGGAGAGAACCCCCGAGGGGACAUGGCAGCUGGGAAAGGGGACCACCACCCACUUUGCUCAAGGCCUGAGAAAUAACAUAGAGGACCUAGAGCAGCUGUGGCAGGUUAGCUCUACCCACAAGAAGGAAGCCACGCCCUUGGCGUCUCCAUGCCAGUGUGGUGACAAGGAUGACUGGCAGAAAGAGCUGGAGUCUCUCUGGGAGGAGCUGUUUAAUACAAGCAGAAAGCUGAAAGAACAUCUGACUUGGCACCUUGAACAGAGGUCCUUGGUAGACCAGAACCCUGCUGGAGAGCAGCUUUUCUUAGAGAGGCAGGGACCCAAUAGUGACACCCCUGGAGAGGAAGGGACAGGACACUCAGAAACUGUAUCUGCUGCAGAAGUGGACUCCCCCCAGACAGCAUCCCAGUGCAGUUUGCUGCAGUUACCAAACCAGGCUGAGAGCACCAAAGAAGGUCAUUUGGCCCCACCCAUGACCAAGAAUGAAAGUCAGAUGCCACCUCUCGAGGACGGGGUAUCUGUGGACAGAGAGAGUUCAACCCUGCCAAGCCCCAGCCCCAGCCAUGAGCCACCCAAUCCAGUCCCAGUGGAGAAGGGCUCACCUCCACCUUGCCCGCAGGAGCGGCAGGACCAGGCAGACUGGAGGACAUUGAGGCAGGAGCAGAAGACGGGGGUGGAGGGGAGAGGGCAGAAGAGCGCACUGGAGCACACAGAGCACUCCAACAUGAGCUUGGAAAUCCACUACAAGGCUGAGCUGGAGGAGGAGCGGCGGGCGCGGAGGAAGACUCGCCUGGCCCUUCUGAAGGCCUACCCCACGGGGGUCCCCGCCAGGAAACCAGGACCGGUACCCAGAACCCACUCCCCUCUGUAUAGCAGGAGCAUCGACGAGGAGCAGCACGAUCAGAUGGUCCGUGACUUCCAACGGCGGAUCUUAGAGCAAAACAAGCUGCAUGAGCAGUUUCUAGAAAAAGCCAGGAAGCGUUUGCAAGUGUUUCAGAAAACAUGGUAAAGGCGAGA